GGUCUGCCCAGUUGAAUUUUUUAAAACGCAUGCAACGCUUGCGCCAUGGGCAAAUGCCAAAGUGCGUGUGGCAAUGCUUGUGGCCGUGAAAACUUAAGCGUUCAAACUCCAAGCAUGCAUGAUGAAACCGCUCCGAAGGAGCAGGCCAUCGUGGCAUUGCUGGAUCAUUAUCGCCUUGGGCCCAUCCUUGGGGAAGGAGCAUUUGGAGUCGUUGCAGUAUGCCACGAAAUUGCGACCGGAUGCGAAUUUGCAGUAAAGAUGGUCGACAAAGUAGAGAUGCCGCUAAACGAUAUCAAACGUGAAGCGGAAUUGCUGCAAAAAAUGGAGCAUCCAAACAUUGUGAAAUGUUUUGGUGUUUUUGACGACAAGUGCUUUGUGUGCAUUGUUAUGAAUAAACUCGAUGGUGGAGACAUUGUUCACGCUUUGGAGGAGCGGUCAAAGCUACGGAGCUUCUUCGCCGAUUAUGAUCUGGUUCAUGUCAAUAGACAGAUGGUGUCUGCACUCGAGUAUAUCCACAACCAACAUGUGGUGCAUCGGGAUGCUUGGAUGCAAAAUAACCAAUGCGGAUCAAUGGAUCAAUGCACUGUGCACCUAUGGGAGGACAUCAAGGGCGAUAAUUUCUUAAUUGACCGUUCUGCGUUGACUGACCCACAUUGUCAAGUGGUUUUGACAGAUUUCGGUAGUGCACGGGUACUGCUGCCAGGUGAUCGACUCUCAGAAAGUUGCGGCACUCAAUACUUUUGGUCCCCAGAGUUCUACAGCUUGUCCUACACCAACAAGGUGGAUAUUUGGGCCCUUGGAGUGCUCUGCUUUGGGCUGCUGACCGGCAAGUAUCCCUUCAAGGGUGAGACGGAGGUGAGGACCAAAGAGGUCGUUUUUCCAUCUCAUGUGAGUGCUGAAUGUGGUCACUUUGUGGGGAGCAUGUUAGAACGGGAUGAAUCUUUACGUUCUGCUGCUUCCCAGCUUGUGCAUCACUCGUGGUUGAACGGAACUCAGAAAAGGGAGAAGACCAUGAUUCAUCUGGACUCCUCGGCAGCUUUGCAAUCCGAUAGCUUCGUGGAGCGGGUCGACCACGGGAUCAAACGCAGGCGACUCUCUCUGCUCGAACGAAUGGAAGAAGGACACGUGCAAAAGGUCAUGAGCCGAGACAAGGGAGUGGUGCGACAUAUCUCCUCCCAGCUGAGCUCUCAUGGCGAGUUUACAAUUCAAGAUCGUGGCGGCAUUCGUCGCUUCUACAGAUGGCUUCCUCGUUCUGAGAUGAGGAGACACCAGAGCCUUCGCCGUUUCAGCCAAGCUGGGCUGAUCCCACCUCACGAGAUGAUUGAGCUUCCAAAGCUGGAGCUGCCGCUUUUCACCAAGUUCCUGGAGGAGCACAGCAUCAAGACUGCGCUCUUCGGUGUAGGAGAGGCGAAACCACUGGAAGCCCUCGUUUCAGAAGUGCAAAGCGGAGCUUCACGACUGAUGUUGGAUGCUGCCGAGCACAAGAAGCUGGUGCGCGUUGUGGACGUUGUCCUUUUGAAGCUGUUUGACGAGCAGGAAAGGUUAUUGGUUGACACUGAGGAACAGAAUGCGGAUGGACGUUCGAGAUCGUUUUGGCAAUUGCCAGGCAGCAAAAAGGAGACCUACGAGAACGUGGCCCAAACUGCCCGCCGAGUAUUGGAGGAGACGUUGAACUUGGACCCGAGUAUUGUGGAUUUGCAGCUCCACCAUGUUGGUCUACAAGAGGAGGAGCAAGGCUCACAUUCGUUCCCGGGUCUUUACACUGUCUACCGAAAAGAAGUGGUCAUGGGUUUUGUGUCGUCAAAGGACCCUGCGAUGCGCUUGCGUUUUGGUUUGGACACUGGCGGAUUCAGCGCCACGGAACGCGGCUGCACCAGGAAGCUGCGUUGGAUCACUGAGCAGGAGGCAGAGGCCAGCAAUCUCAAGCUGCAGCCGGGAUCGGGAUCAAACCUUAUGUCCUCCUUGGUCUUCGCCCCUAUUGGCCUCAAAGAGGGGGAGCUCACAGAGUAUUUGCAAAGUGAUUUGCGGGUGGACGUGAGGCAAUAUGGCCAAAAUGGUGCGAAGACAUUGAAGGAGUUUUCGGAGCAGUUGAUCAAAGGGGAAGUGCACAUUGUCAAGGGAAAGAAUGGCGCGGGCUACGUCAUUUCUGAGGUGGUGAACCUGUGCAUGAGCAACCAACGUGGCGAUGUUCUCUUCCAAGUGAAGCAGGAGGGCCCUGAUGGCUAUGUCAAUGACAAGUUGCUCCUCCCGUGUGCAAGUCGCCGUCCCGAUGAGAGUACAUUUCUGGUCGCCAAGCGCAUCAUCAGGAAAUCCUUCCUCAUGAAUCCAAACGACGUCGGUUUGGAGACAGAGGUGCGUUUGCUGCAGGAGGAGCGCAGCGCCAUGGCGUAUCCGGGGCUGAGUUUUGUAGAGCGCGAACAUGUGAUCAAUGCCAGGCCUACACAGUGAUUGCAACCUUUGCUCCCUCGCCCUUUCGGGGCUAUCCGCCAAUAGGCAACAAGGAAGCCUCUUGGCUGAUACAGCUGUUUGCUUAAAGUUGUGCCCAAGUUGCCGGCAUGACAUAGGCAUGGCUUCCUGGAGACUGCAUUUAGACGGGGGAAAGCAGAUUUUCAGCACGCAGGCGUGGCUUAGGUACGAGUUCCGUGCUUUCCUGUAUACAUGAUAAUGAUUGAUAAUGUGAUAUAAUGUGUAGAGGUGACCAACCCCGAAUGGGGCAUGGGCACCAGCGCCUUUUCUUGAAA